AUUCCUUAGUGACUGAACAGGAUGUUGACAAAUGAGAGGCAGAAAGCAGAACGAAUAUGAGUUUUGACAUUGUUCCAGUUCAUUUUGGAAAUGACAAGAAUUGUUUUGUAUCCCUUCCAUCUCAAAUCAUUAAGAAAGUUGCCAAUAAAUCAGAGUUGCUGGUCUUCGAAGUUCAGACAUAUGAAGGCCUCUCUGUGUAUGUUUCUGUUAGAGACACCAAUUCUUUGAAUCACUUAGGCAUCAAUGGCUUAUUUGCUGAGAAGCUCAAGCUUAAAGACAAACAACAGGUAAUUGUGAGGGUCAGAAGAAAUGUUCAGAUGUGUAACCAGGUGUCCAUUGAGCCGCAGUCUUGUGACGACUGGGAAAUACUGGAAAAGCAUGCCAGCUAUGUUGAGUCCCACCUCCUGGACCAGGUGAGGGUUAUCUGGUCCGGCCUAGUCUUACCUGUGUGGGUGGAAAGAAGCAUCUGUGUCUACCUGAAAGUCACAGUGACAAACCCAGCGGAGGACUGUGUAUUACUAGUCCCUGACACGGAAGUUGUUGUAUCGCCUAAAGUUCGAGGGACUGCUGUCAAAGACUCUAAACCAAAAAAACCAAAUUCUUUGCCAGCAAGAGAGCUGGAGGAGUUCAAACCUAGGUUCUCGGGUGAGGACAGUUCAGACUCCAAUAGUUCUCUGUACUCUUCUGGUCACAGAGUUUCUCCAUCAAAAUGGAGCUGGAAGGAAUGGGUGCCAUGGCUACUGGGUGUGCAGAACACCUCCAACAAGAUCCAGGAUCCUGACAUAAGAGACUUUGAAAAAAUUCGCAAAAAGUCAGUUGAUUACAAGGGGAGUGACACGAUCCCUGAAGGACUAAAUUUCACAUUUAGGGUUCAGCCUUGUAGGGCAAGAAAUGUGACCAGAAAAGGGAAGAUUGAGGACCCCACAAGUCCUUCUCCCAGUAUGGAUCACUGUAAUGAGUGUAAUUUCUUGCAACAGCCAGCAGUUGUGUUUGUAAAUGCAGAAGACAUCAUUGAACAGACUGGAAAUAUGAACUUACAUAUACCUGGGAUGUUUUUGGCUAGACUUUCAAAACUACUUUCACCAAAAAUACAAAUGACAGAAAUGGAAAAAGAAUUGAAUGCAGAGAAAUCCAAAGGAAUUCAGAAAACAGUCCCAUCCCCAAAGUCAGAGACUACUGGAGCUCCAGCUAAAGAGAAGGAUCACUUGACACAGUGUAUUGUCCGAGUAGUUGUACUAGACAGAAAGAAAACCAACACAAAUGAAAGCUGUGAAGAAAUGCUACAAAAAGUGACCCAAGAACAGCCAUUAUUGUGCCAUCAUGUGAUUGUAUCCGACACUUUACGCAGACUGAUGAAGUUGGAUGCCACCAGUUGUGUUUGGUUGCAGACGAUAUCCGCAUUUCCUGUUAUGCCAACCUCCUAUCAAGUUCAUCCAAUGGGAAGUCUACCACAUGGUUUCACAAGUCAAAUGGUGGAGAUGGCUUUCAGAAAGUGGAUAACAGUGGCCACAACUGUCAAACUUCCUUUGGUUGUUUUCAGUGGAAUCAUCAUCAAGUUUCCUCUCUUCAAAGAUACAGAUAUGGAGUUCCAAUUUGUCUUCCCAGAUGGAACUUUCCAAGUUCAAGACAAUCCUCCAUACUCUAUUGUACACCAGGGCAACAUGAAUGAUAUUCCGUUAACUUUGAACCGACAGGACAGUCACAAUCCACCAAAAUGGCCAGUCCUUCCAAUGCUGCAGUAUACAAAUAUUGAUACCAUAGAUACUAUGCUUCCCAAGAUUCAACUCACUGAUUUAGGAGGUGUGAAGGAAUAUGUAUCCAAAGCUUUAGCUCACUUAGAGAUCUGCCUUGGAAUCAAACCUUUGGCUGAGAGUAUGUUCAGGGUGACCACCCCAGGGCUAUAUAAUGGAAUGCUCCUCAUCACCGGAAGUCGAGGUAGUGGAAAGAGCUCACUGGCGAAAGCAUUGUGCAGAAAAAUGGCUGAGAAGGAAAACCUGGCUCGAAUCUUUCACGUCGAAUGUAAACCACUCAGAGGAAAACGCCCAGACAGCAUACUGAAGUAUUUAGAAGAGGUGUUUGAUGAGGCGAUUUGGAGGCAUCCGUCUAUAAUUCUAUUGGAUGAUUUAGAUCAUGUGGUUCCAGCUCCUACUGGUCCAGAAGCAGAACUUAGUGGGGAGGCCAUUUAUGGGGCUAGAAUUGGUGAAGUUAUUAGAGACAUACUUAGAAAAGAAAUUUCCAAUGGCAGUGGUAUUGCUGUCAUAGCAACCAGUCAGUCACGGACGUCCAUUCACCCAUUACUGAUCACAUCCAGAGGGACUCACUUUCUACAAGAACUGAUACGAAUUGACCCACCAAACAAGAGAAAAAGACAGGAAAUCUUUACAGCAAUUAUCAGGAAUAGACACAUGGUGUCACAUCAGACUUUGGAACAGUUGGAUCUGAAUGUGAUCCUGGGGAGAACGGAGGGCUAUGUAGCCCAGGACCUGGAGAAUCUUGUCAGUCGAGCUAUCCAUGCUCACACAAUCAUGCAAGUAGACAAGAACCCAGACCAGUCAGCAGACAGUCCCCAGCCAGAGAUGGUCCUGACCCAGGAAGAUUUUGUCGAGGCCAUGACAGGGUUCACACCAGCAUCUAUCAGGAAUGUGCCGCUGCACGAGGCGGGGGAGUUGGGAUGGGAUGAUGUUGGAGGGCUUACAGAUGUCAAAAAGACACUAAAGGAAACUCUGAUGUGGCCCUCCAAGUAUCCCAUGUUAUUCUCCUCCUGCCCUCUGCGACUGCGGUCCGGUUUACUCCUGUAUGGAGCCCCAGGGACAGGAAAGACAUUAUUAGCUGGUGUUGUGGCCAAAGAGUGUGGUCUCAACUUCAUCAGUAUCAAGGGGCCAGAGCUUCUCAGUAAAUAUAUUGGUGCUAGUGAGCAGGCAGUCAGGGACAACUUUGUACGAGCUCAAAGUGCCAAGCCAUGCAUUCUCUUCUUUGACGAAUUUGAUUCCCUUGCUCCCAGGCGUGGCCAUGACAACACAGGGGUAACAGAUAGGGUUGUGAAUCAGCUGUUGACCCAGUUAGAUGGGGUGGAGGGCCUAGAGGGUGUGUAUGUCCUGGCAGCCACAAGUAGACCUGAUUUAAUUGACCCCGCCCUUCUCCGUCCAGGAAGAUUAGAUAAAUGUCUUCGAUGCCAACUCCCAAAUGAGGAGGAAAGGCUAAAAAUUUUCAAUGCCCUCACAAGAAAAAUGUCUUUAGGAAAGACUGUGGACUUGCAAUAUUUUGCCAGAGAAUGUGAACACUUUUCAGGAGCAGACAUCAAAGCUUUAUUAUACAAUGCUCAACUAGAGGCCAUUCAUGAACUCACAGGAAAAGUACUAAAGGGAGAAAACCCUGAUAUUUUACUUCCUCCUAAGGAAGGAAACAGAAAACAAAGAAGUAGAAGUCCCAGAAAGUCAAAGAGCCAAAAGAUGCUGAAAGUAGAGGCAGAACCUCCAAAACUGUCCACAAAUAAAAAGAUUGCUCACAUUCUGAAGUUACAAGACGGUCCUUCUCCUCUCUUAGAGGAAAUUGAAGAGAAACUUUCCUGUCAGGUGGAACAAAUCCGAGCUCGACUUAUGGUGAAUAAGGCCACUGAGCAUGUGUCGACAGUGGAUUCCAUGUUCUCUCCUGUAGCCACCUCCAAAGGUCAGAUGAUCCAAAUCAACCAAUCACAUCUACUGGCUGCCCUUAAGAAGACACAUGCAUCUGUUAGUGAGAAAGAGAGAAGGAAAUUUCAACAUAUUUAUGAGAACUUCACUGGUACCAGAGGAGGGAGCCUUGGUACAUCUAUAGAACAGAUGAUAGGGAGCAGACAGACCCUGGCUUAACUUCCUGCAAUACAUGUGCAGUUUCAUUGUUGUCUUGUUCAUGAAAUAAAAGCAAGAUUUGUACACAACUUUUCUCCAAGCACUGUGAAAAUAAAGUGUGGUGCAAUUUA